AUUUUGUGACAGUGACACAUUUGUGCAGGUGAUAGUAAAAAAAAUUAUUUAUUGACUCGGUAUUGAGUUAGAGCUGCGUAAAACUAGAGUAUCAUGACAACCGACAGGAGAAAGAUACGUGAUCUAAAUACUGCAGAUCAAAUGUGGAAGGUAUAUAUUCGAGCUGAAGACGACUCUGGAAAGAUAUGGAGAGAAAACUGGGGAUGGGUCAUGGAUGAGUACAGAGAAUUGAAGGAAAAACUUGAUAAGAAAACAGCUGAAUCUGAAUUCUUAAGCGGAGUAACACCACCUCGAGAAAUUCCAAGUAAAAAGAUCUCUCCUGUCCCUGAAAGCUAUAACCACUGGUACGGGUGGAUUGCUAAAGAAGAGGACUUCAAAAUAGAAAAAUACGGUCCAGAUUUCUUCAAGCCAAAGCCUUUACCAGAAAUAUAUAAGAUAAUAAAGGAGUAAAUCUACAUUGUGAGAGUUUAGUGCGGGAUCGGCCUAUAUCUCCACUAUUAUGCACGGUAUCUAAAAAAGUUGGGCACAUGAAUUGUCGCCAACAGUAUGCUUCUAAUUUGGAAAAUAUUUCUACCUAUACAGGGUGAUUCAUAACUACGUGGUGACCCAAACUUACAUGUUUGUUAAGAAAGAGCCCUAAAUUUUUAUACGGAUUUUGAUGGACCCUUUAAAACGAAGAAACUUGAUGUAAAAUACAAUAGGGUGUAAUUUUCAAAUUAUCGCAACAUUGGAC